AUUGCUCCCUGUGCGAGGAGGACUUUGUGAUACAACCUGAUGAUUUAAAAACCAGUGAGUAUCUGCAGAACAUAACUGAUCUUUUCAAAACGUUUACGGACUCAGCAAACCAUGAAUGUUCAUUUUGCAAGGUCAAAUUUAAAGAAAUCAAGCCAGCCAACUCUAGAUGUCUAACGUGUUUAGAAUUCUUUUGUAAAGAAUGUGCAAAAUCGAGACAUACUUUCAACUCUUUAACUAUGCAUCACCGUGUAGUGUCUUUGUCGGAAAUAAGAUCAGGAAAGUAUUAUGAAGAAAUAAGAUCAUCACAGUGUAAAACAAAUUGCGACCUGCAUCAAAAGAGAGCACUGAGCUACUUCUGUAUUUCAUGUGAAGCAUUUGCUUGUUGUGAUUGCAAAUUGCUACAACACAUGAACCAUGAAGUCAAACUUACGUCCCUUUUAAGAAGAGAAAACCAACUAAUUAUACAAAAAUUAUUUGACGAUUUGAAAACUAAACUGUCCACUUUGGAGGAAAAUAAACGAUCAAUUGAAUCCAGGAAAGAAGAUGUCACAUCAAUGGAAACAAAAUUACGUAAAGAUAUAAUGCAGAAAUGUUCGGAGGCAGUAAGUAAAAUAGAUAAAACACGGCAUAAAAUGCUGCAAGAAUUAGAAGGCUUUGCAAAACCAAAGAUGCAAUCCCUUCAAAAAGAACAUGACAGAUUAUCUAAAGUGGCUAAGAAUAUUGAAGCGUCUCUACAGUUUUCUGAAAUUAUGCAAAACGGAAUGAAUAAUGAAGUUUUUCCUUUAUUCGGAAAAAUUCAAGAACGCUUCCAAAGCCUCACAAAAGAAAGUAUUUUAAAUGAUUGUGAGUGUUUACUCGAAGAAUGUUUGCCGCAGAUUGAGAUUCAUGUAACGGAACCAGAGUUAGAACUGACGUACAACAAUACAAUCACGGAUAGCGAUUUGUAUCGUGAACCAGGGGAUUCCAGUGACAAUUCAGGUAGUUCUUCAUCUGAUCAAACAUCGGAAGAUGACGAAGAAACGGAAAAUAGCAGGAAAAAAUGUAGAAUAACACUAAUAAGGGAGAUUUACCCGAAAGAAAAGUGUAAUUUUGUGAGACCCGUUUACAGUGGCAUUGCUUGGAUUGGCAAUGACAAGUUCGUAACAGUGGAUAAAGCUAAUGAAAAAAUGCUUAUGGUCUCACUGACAUCUGGUAAAAUAUUGAAAUCAAUUGAAGUUUCCGAAGCAUUAGCUGUUUCUGUUUGGAAGGAUGGUAUUUCUUGUUUGUCGACGGACAAUGAAAUGUCGGACUUCAGCAGAGAUUUAAUUUUACGGGAAACUCGCCAUGGGAUAUCAUCUUUGUGUGCAUCUCUUCCAUCUUCAAAUCAGAUAAUGUGGACAGCAAAAGCAAAAAUAUAUACUGAAAAGGAAAAUCUUGUGACAAGUGUAUCUGUGAAAAAUGUGCCUAAAGAUUCACAUCCUUGUUUUCUGCGACAUGCUUGUUGUCUACCAAAUGGAUUGUUCGCAGUCUCUGACACAGCAAACCGGCGAGUUUACUUAAGGUGUUUCGCUUCUGACGAAUUUGAAUACACCGCGCAACUCGAACUGCCGGAAAUUGGUCUGAAUGUCGUUUUAAUAAAGAAUUCAGUAUGA